UUUUCCUUUAUUGCCGGUUAAAAAAACACUGACACUAGGGUUCGGGUCUGCUUCUAUUUUCGAUUCAAAUCCCAAAGGAAAGAAAAACCCGAAGAAGAAGAUGAAGCUGAAGCAGUUAGAAGGCUAUAUCGGGAAUCUCAACCAAUUCUCCAAUCCAAAGAUUGAUCUCGAACAGUAUCCGACAGGAGCACACAUCGCGUCCCGGUUGCUUUAUACGGCAGAGAAUACAUUUGGAGAUAUAAGUGGCAAGGUGGUAGCAGACUUUGGUUGUGGUUGUGGUACAUUGGGUAUUGCAGGUGCUCUUUUGGGUGCCGAACAUGUGGUUGGCAUUGACAUUGAUUCUCAAUCUUUAGAAAUUGCUUCAUUAAAUGCUGCAGAUCUUGAGUUGGACAUAAAUCUUAUCUGGUGUGACAUCAAAAAUUUAAAAUGGAGAGUUUUCAAUAUAGUUUGCACGCUUUCCCAAGCUUUGGGACCCAAGUUUACUUCCAGCAAAAUAGUCGACACUGUUGUAAUGAAUCCUCCAUUCGGGACUCGGAAAAAAGGUUCCGACAUGGAUUUUCUCUUUAUGGCUUUGAAGGUUGCCUCUCAAGCAGUCUAUUCAUUGCAUAAGACUACGACAAGAGAUCAUGUGAGACGAGCAGCCUUACGUGAUUUCAAUGCUAAAAGUGCCGAGGUUUUGUGCGAGCUUCGGUUCGACGUGUCACAACUGUACAAGUACCACAAGAAGAAAGAGGUUGAUAUUGCUGUUGAUCUUUGGAGAUUUGUUCCCUGAUCACAUGAAGAGGAGAUGGUAGUCAACAUUCAUACCCCAUCAAUUGAAGAGGGAGAUCAAAAGGGGUAUGUAAAUCUUUAUACCAGCAUAUAUCAGAAGUCAAUUCAUGGAAGAGAUGAAUGAAAGGGGUCUGAAUUUCAUGAAAAAAAAGGUCCGUAACCAUUUGCGCUAUCCCAGGUGGAGCACCAUGAGAGGGGCCUUGGGAUACCAGCAGUUUGAUGCUCUGAUGUAUUUGGUUUUUGUAAUUGGUGUAAUUUAUUUUUGUCAUAAAAAAAUGUUGAAAAACUGAGAAAGGAUAUUGAACUAACUCCAGGAGUUCUGGCUGGAUUAUUCUGGUCC